CAUGAUAAUUACGUAAAUUGGAACUACGCUCACAGUGUCGGCAUUCGUUUUGGAGUGUCGCCGCUGGCCUCGCAACGCUUGCACGCUUCGGGACUGCGUAUCGCAACGCUAAAGCGCAUGCACAAGCAUUCAGUGGCACAGAUGGACACUGCUUUGAGUCCCUGAGUACGCAAGCGCAAGCAACCGCUCUCGGAAGGCUGUCUUGCGCGCACGUUGCCGCCUCCUUUUCGCCUUUUGUCGGCGCGACGCUUGCGCUUCGAAGCAGGCAAGCAAAGCCCGGUCAGUUCAGGCGUUGAUAAGGACGACCGUUGGCGCUUUUGGUGCGAGCACUGGAGCCCGGUUGGCACCGCUCGCAAAACAGCCUCAAAGGCCCAACAUCGCGUCGUACGGGCCGUCGCUUGUUCGCUCGCUGAAGCGCUGCCGCCCCCACUUUGGCACGGCUAGUUACAGAGGGAGUUAUGCCUCUGAGUAGUAGGGGGGGCGGCGUGGCGCAGGGGCACAAAAUGCGGCAGAUGAGGAGGGCGUACGACCGAAGAAGCGUCCACUGGCGCGCCAGGGCAGCAGGCUGCGACGAGCUCAGUGGCGUUAUACCUAUACACAGUAACAAUUGCCUACACAAAACAUAGAUAUCGUAAACAGGCAUCUGAGGCUAACAACUUCGUUCAGCAUUCCUUCCGAGACCGCGAAAUUGUAUGGAGACCAGCGCGAGCAGUCCGCGCCGGCCGAGCCUGCUAGAAUGUGUUGCUUCACCAGCUCAGCCGUCCCCGUGCUCGCUUGAGAGCGCGAAAGAACAACGGCGCACCUGGUGGAGCUGCUUGUCGGAGCUCUCCUCCGCCGAUAACAGCAGCGGCGUGACCAGCAGCAGCAGUGCAGAAGGCGAUGGCGUGGACGUGGUCGCUCGGCUCCUGCGGGAGGCGCUACACUGCGUGCAGGGCGACGAGCAGUGGAAUUGCUCCGGAAUCGCCCAAAUGUUGCAACGAGCGCUCGAGAUGUCGGAGCGGGGCUGCGUGCAGUCGGCCCGCAAGGCGGCCGUCGGCCUGCUAGACUUCCACAAGAUGGUGGAGAAGUACCGGCAAGUUGUGGCGUCACGGACCAAGUCUUCCAGCAGCGGCUCAGGCAAGCGCGCUUCCGGCGAGGAAAUGGAAUCGGAUGCUAUGUCAGAGGACGCUUGCGGGCCGCUCAAGCGACAGCGCACUGGCUCGGGUCCCCUCGACGAGACGACGGUCGUUAUGGAGGAGACUGGCAGCGCGCACUUCGCUGUUCCUCACCUGCCUGCCAAAAAGGCACCAGCAGCGGUUCAGCAAGGCGAGGGUGUCGCGCCCAGCGCGAGCGCACCGGCUGCGCCUGCAACUUCCGUUUGGGCCGGAACGAUUUGGCAGAACGUUCCGAACGGUCGCGACCUGACCUACUGCAAGAUCAGCGUUCCGCUACCAAUAGAUGCGGCUAAGGAGCUAUCGGAGAGCAAGGAUCUAGAGAUUUCGCAGCUCGUGCCGCGGCGAGCAGUGAAGCUGGGCCGGCAUCGCGUGUGCAAGGUUUCCAUCACGGAGGCCUCGUCGUCGCAGACCGCCAAGCUCAAAUCCAUGGCGCAGAACGAGCUUGUAGCAGUAGCGCCGCUGGAGAACCACGGGCUCAUCUUCGUGCCCUACGUCGACAACCACGGCGGAGUGCGCCUGGUGUGCUUCUGCCUCGCACUGUAGUGAGGCCGAGCGCCGUGUGAGCCGCCGCAGCCCACUUGGGCUGCGACGGCCGUGUAGCUGGCUCCAGCACGACAUUGCGGCGGCAGGAGGCCGCAGCUGCUGCAGCCGCAGCCCGCCCGUCUGGUGCGCGGGCGAGCAGAAGACGGCGCAGCACCGCUGCCGCCUCACAAGGGCGGCCGCAGCGCGCUGCUUGGAGCACCAAACGCAGUUGACCUGUUACUACAUUACUCUGACGACCUUGCAGUGGAACCUAGCAAGAGCAGCAGGCAUUUGGCGUGCGGCGCGGGCGGCUCUUUACAGGGUCUUGCUCCUCGGCCCACUCGCCCACGCUCCGCGGCAGCGCUCAGCUACCGCGGGGCGCAAGCCCAUGCCGAGCCUGAUUGGAAACAUAGCGGAGCAGCUCUGACGAGGCUUGCCUGCCACACCUGUUUAGUACUUGUUAGGAGGAGCAACUUUGUACCAUUCUGAAGACCAUCAGCCGGCACUGUGGGUGUUGUAAGCGGUGUGUUGGGCCGGAGGCCCAUUCAAUGCCCCACGGGGCAGGUCUCAAUACGGCCACGACUCAUCCAUCAUUCACAUGCGCCGGAACGAGUGCCGCGUUUCGAGGUGAAGGUUUCAUUACAAUUGUAUCCGUUUGUCUGCGUAGCGCUCUGUAUCCUGGAGCACGCAAUGCGGCGCGAGGUUGUCGUAUGAGAGGGCCGGCGCGCAGGCUUGAGAGGCUAUUUAAUAGGCCGGAGGAGGGGAGGCAAGAGCGCUGAGUUCUAUGUCGGUGAUGUGUUUGUGUGGGGCGUCGCGGCACACCUUGCGGUGGGUGCGGGCGCGCCCCUGUUCGUGACGGGACGUGUGACCGGCGGAGAAGAAGAGAGACGCGUGAAAGAUGCUGUUUGGAGACUUGCGAACAGGAUUACGUAAGUGGAGGAGUUUACUGUGGUGGUACAUUGGAGGGUUCGCACCAGCAUGUGCAUCGAGAGUACGUGUGGUGCGUGGGCGGGGCGGGGUGGCCAUGAAAUCCGAUACAGCCGCAGGUAGGAACUAUCACGAUGGAUGGGUUCGAAGACAUAACAUGCGGCCUCCACGUAUGCCGCGGGGCCGGGCACGACCCGGCGUCGAAGUGCGCAUAACUUGGUCGUGUGGCAUUUGAUCAGGGGCAGCAGGGUAGCAGUUUCAAGGAUUGAUUUUUCGUGGGAGGCAUGGACCCCGGCUGACUGCGAGUUGUGGUUUGCGGCGCUGCGUCCAAUUUUGACUGUCCGGGCGUUUCGGUGCAUGACGGUUCGGGUUUGGUGCGAGCAGAUGCUAGCCGCUGAGCAUGGAUGACAAGACGGACGGUAGACAGGGUACGAGCCUACGAGGCAAAGGUCAUCAGAUUCAGUGGGAGCGGCGAGUGAUUGUGUUCGGGAGGAGCGUGGACUGGUUUGGAUUUGCGUAAUUUCCUUGUGUUUGCUUGCUUGGGGUCGUUUACUUAUUGACGGCUCGGCACGCCUGGCGCUCGAGUCCAGGAUGGUUGAGGUUUGCUUUUGAGUGUGGUCACAUAGAGGGAGGCGCACGCUGGACUGAGAGCAGGAGUGGAGGACAGUUGCCCCGGCCGCUGGUUUCCUGCGCCGCGCCGGGGUGUCACCCCCUGCCCCCCACCAGGAUAUGCUGCAGCACUCGCCUGAGCCCAACUGACCAGGGCAAUUAGCGCGUGGUGUGACAGUUCAUGCAAGGUUGUUCCGGGGUUGACACGAGGCAGUGAGCCUGGGGCCGAAGAGAACGUGAGUAGCCCCAGGCGUGUGAAGAGAUGCGUGGGUGAAGAGCGAAAGCAAAGCUGGCAAGGCUAGAUUCAUAGGUGCUGUGGACUAAGACAAUCAAAUGCUUUCGGACAAGCGGUGAACGAAGCGGUCGCGAGCUACACGAACCGCAAACAUGUGGCGGAGCCGCGACACGCCGCUUGGCUUUUUUUGUGUGUGCGUGUGUGAUGGAUCACCCAGGGGUCAUUUCAAGCCAAACACAAGUGGCUUCCCCAAGGGUACAUCAGAAUUGAGGUUGAUACGGAUGCCACGGAGGAGUGCGGACGACACUGUAACGGACCGCACUGCA